UCCAUGAAGGUAAACCAAAGAUAAGGAUUUAAAGCCCCACCUUUCGUUCUACUUCUUCUGAGGAACAGCCCCCUAUCACCAAAGCAACACCUUGCGUUUUCAGUUCAUUCUCAAACCUUUUUUUUUCCCAGAAAACUUUUUCUCUGAAAAAGGUGAAGAUACAAAUGAAACCCUUAUUUUAGAGUAGGGUGUACUUUAAACUUUUUCAUUCAAGUCAGCAUGACUCCCGUGAUCCCAUUUUCCGUUAGCAACAUCACAUUCGUUCCUGGAGCUGCAUGUACAGUACGGAAGAACACUAGUUUAACAAGAUGCAGUUCAUCAAGGAAAAACACACGACAUGCUUUAGCCUCACAAAGAUUCAUCCUACCUCUAUCAAUCUCUGUUAGUCCAUUUCAAAACUACGGGAUGGGGCAUGCCUUGCAUGGAAAACGGGGAAUUCGUUUAUCAGCCACUGGGACUGACGUAGCAGUGGAGGAAUCGGGUUCUUCUGUGACGAAAGUUUCCGAUGAAGGAUCAGAAACACAAGCGGAUGCAGUUGAAACAAGCGAACAAUCAACUAGCCAACCCGAUUCUUCACCUGCUCCAGCUCAAUCGAAACGAACAAGACCUGUGAGAAAAAGUGAGAUGCCACCUGUAAAGAAUGAGGAGCUUAUUCCUGGUGCAAUGUUUACUGGGAAAGUAAGAUCGAUCCAACCCUUUGGUGCUUUUGUUGACAUUGGAGCUUUCACGGAAGGACUGGUGCAUGUUUCCCAGUUGAGCGAUAGCUUUGUUAAGGAUGUUGCAAGUGUUGUUUCUGUUGGGCAAGAGGUGAAGGUGAGGUUAGUUGAAGUAAACAAUGAGAGCGGGAGGAUCUCUCUUUCCAUGCGUGAAAACAAUGAUGCUGGUAAGCGCCAGCCACGGAAAGAUGGUCCUGCCACUACUGAUAGGGAAAGGUCUCCAAGGAAGAAUACUUCCAGGUCCAGCCAAAAAAGGGAUGUGAAAAGCUCAAAAUUCAUCAAGGGACAAGAGUUGGAUGGCACAGUGAAGAAUUUAGCUAGGUCUGGCGCAUUCAUAUCUCUUCCUGAGGGAGAAGAAGGAUUCUUGCCCCACGAAGAAGAAUCUGAUGACGGACUUAUGAGCAUGAUGGGGAACUCAUCGCUGCAAAUUGGACAAGAAGUCAAAGUUCGUGUUUUGCGCAUCACAAGAGGAUCAGUAACCUUGACGAUGAAAAAAGAAGAGGAUUAUGACAAGUUGGACUCACAGGUUAGCCAAGGUGUGGUGUAUACUGCAACAAAUCCCUUUAUGCUGGCUUUUCGUCAGAACAAGGAGAUUGCUGCAUUUUUGGAUCAGAGAGAAAAGUCAGAGAAAUUAGAGGUUCAACCAGCAGUGGUUGAUGAGGAGACAACCACUGCCUCUACUGCAGCAGAUGAAAUGGUUGAAAAGGAAACAGAUACAGUAGUUGAUAUUGAAAACAAGGACGAGGAAACCACGGAGAAGGAAAAAGAUGACGGCAUUGAAGCUUUGUCUCCGGCAAGCAGUGCGGAAGUUCCAUUAGUGGAUGUGGUCGAAACCGAUGAAACAGCUGGAUCAUCUGGUGAAGUCGUUGAUCAAGUGAAAUCUGAAAAUUCAGUUGAUGCAGAUUCUGCAGCAAAAGAUGUAGUACAAGCGGAAGUACCCUUAGCUGAGGAUCAAACUCCGGCUGCUGCAUCUGUUCAAGAUGAAGAAGUUGAAGCUAUUCCGGAUGAAAAAGGCAGUGUUGCCAGCACAGACGUACAACCAGAUCUUGCUGAUACCAAAGAUGCCGAAGAUACAGUGGAAAACAAUGCAAGUCCUGAUCCGUCUCAAGAAUCGCCUGAUGAUCAGAUUAAGUCUUCGGGAAGUGAAGCAGUUGAAGAAAAAGAAAAUCAAUCUGAGGAUACCAAGGAAGAAGUGCAGAUAGAGACACCAUUUUCUCCUGAUCCCUCUCAAGAAUCGACUGAUAAUCAGAUUAAGUCUUCUGGAAGUGAAGCAGUUGAAGAAGAGAAUCCAUCUGAGGAUACCAAGGAGGAAGAUCAGAUAGAGACACCAGUUUCUGAGGGCGAAACUACUCCUUCUUCGGAAGUUGAAGCUGCAGACCCUGCACCUCAAAAGAACAAUGAGGUUACCGAUUCAAACGGCUCUACGCCGAAAGAUAAUGAGACUAAAGCAGCAACUAUAUCACCAGCUUUAGUAAAGCAGCUCCGGGAAGAAACAGGAGCAGGAAUGAUGGAUUGCAAGAAAGCACUCUCGGAGACCGGAGGGGAUAUCGUUAAAGCUCAGGAAUUUCUCCGCAAGAAAGGCUUGGCAAGUGCAGAUAAAAAAGCCAGUCGAGCUACAGCUGAAGGAAGAAUAGGUUCUUACAUUCACGAUAGCAGGAUCGGUGUCCUAGUCGAGGUUAACUGCGAGACGGAUUUUGUCUCACGGGGUGACAUUUUUAAGGAGCUUGUCGAUGAUCUUGCCAUGCAGGUCGCUGCUUUCCCUCAGGUACAAUAUCUCGUUCCAGAAGACGUCCCUGAGGAGAUUGUAAGCAAGGAAAAAGAAAUAGAGAUGCAAAAGGAAGAUCUCUUAUCGAAACCAGAGCAAAUUAGAUCGAAGAUUGUUGACGGACGGAUACGGAAGGGGCUUGAAGAGUUGUCUUUACUUGAGCAGCCCUAUAUUAAGAAUGAUAAGAUGGUGGUGAAAGAUUGGGUAAAGCAGACUAUUGCAACCAUUGGAGAAAAUAUAAAAGUGAAAAGGUUUGUGAGGUUCAAUCUUGGAGAGGGACUAGAGAAGAAAAGUCAGGAUUUUGCUGCGGAAGUGGCCGCCCAAACUGCCGCGAAACCCGUCUCUACUGCUGGAAAAGAGCAUUCGACUCCUGUGGAAGUCAAGGAAACCGAUGAGAAACCAAAAGUGGCAGUCUCCGCCGCACUUGUCAAACGACUACGUGAAGAAACAGGAGCCAGGAUGAUGGACUGCAAGAAAGCACUGGCUGAAACUGGAGGUGAUAUCGAGAAGGCUCAGGAAUACCUUAGAAAGAAAGGCCUUUCAACUGCUGACAAGAAAUCCAGCCGGCUUGCUGCUGAAGGCCGAAUUGGUGCCUACAUUCACGACUCGAGGAUCGGUGUCCUAAUCGAAGUCAACUGCGAGACUGACUUUGUUGGUAGAAGUGAAAAGUUCAAAGAGUUGGUCGAUGACCUAGCAAUGCAAGUUGUGGCUUGUCCACAGGUGCAGUUUGUAUCCAUCGAAGACAUUCCGGAGAGCAUCGUGAAUAAAGAAAAAGAGCUCGAGAUGCAAAGAGAUGACCUCGCGUCAAAACCAGAGAACAUCAGAGAGAAAAUCGUUGGAGGGAGGGUCUCAAAGAGGCUCGGAGAGCUUGCCCUAUUGGAACAGCCCUUCGUCAAGGAUGACAGUCUGUUGGUUAAAGACUUGGUAAAGCAAACUGUCGCAGCUCUCGGAGAGAACAUAAAACUUCGAAGGUUUGUUCGGUUUACGCUUGGCGAGACAACUGGAGAUACUAAAACGGAAACUGAAGCUUGAGAGCGGGAAUCGUCAGAACUUCCAUUGUCAAAAGUGUGAAGCGUUUUGAGUAAUGGAGGUAGGAACUAAUUUUGGACGAGAGGAUAAUCUGGUUUUUUUUUUUUGAUGUGUUUAAGCAAAGUUUUCAUUGUAGUGACCUUCAUUUAUAUGCUUUUAAAUGGCCAUUAAAGGUUAGUCUUUGAUUUUGUAAUAUGAAAAUUGUUUCUUCUCCAAUUUAUUUUUGCAAAA